CUGGGAUUACAGGCGUGAGCCACCGCGCCCGGCCCUGUGGAAUUGUUUUUAUGUGCAGGGCAAGCCUUACAGUAAGUAAGGAUUUAUAGAAAAUCAUAGAUAAGAAGUCCUUAAUGAAUUAGGAUAGAGCUUCAGCGAUUUUGGCCAAGGGUGGUUGUAAAAUGUUUGUAACAAAAAUCAAAUGGAGUAAAAUUCUCAGAAUAAACCAGAGCGCGCAGAAUAGGGUUCGUAUGGAAUUUCCAGUCAGGAAGAAGCGGAACAUUCCAGAGCUGAUUUAUAUAAGGGCUCCUUGGAUCAGAAGAGUGCAGUGUCCGUUAAAUGUUGCAUCUAAAAUAACUUCAGCUUGGAAUUUCUUAAGCAGUUAGUGCAAAAAGAAUAACUCUGUUAAAGCAUACUUGUGUUGGGUAGAAAUAGUCCCUUAAUGGAACUUUUCUGUAUUUAUAUGAAUUAGAGGUGUACCCUGACCACUUGUGAUUUUUUCCCAAUCUGAGUUAAAAGUUGGGGGGAACACCCCACGCAAAGGGAAACUGCACAUUUGUUAGCUCAGAUAACUCAGCAGUGAACGUGAACUGUCAAAGCGGGUAAUGCACAAACAGGCGGUUCAAAUCUGAGAACGUGAAAACUGGCUCUCCCAUCUAGAAAAAUUGUUUUGUUUUGUUUGUAUAAACAGUUUAUGGAUUCUGGUGAUGACCUCUGACAUCCUUAUUUGGGAUAAUACCGUCUAAAGAUGAACAUAUUUCAUGCAGUUUUAACAGUAGAUUAUUGACUUAACUGCCUUAUAAAUAUUAUCUCAUUUAUAUUUUGUAAUGAUUUCCUGAGUACAAUUUUGAAGCAUUUCAAAUGAUUUUAAGCAUUUAAAACCUAUACUUUUUGUCUUGUGUUUUUUAUUGUGAUAAAAUACAUGUAACAUAAAGUUUGCCAUUUUAGCUAUUUGUAAGUGUACAAUUCAGUGCCUGUAUUGUUUUUUUAUAAUUAAUGAAUACUAGUUGAAAGAAACAUGAGGCAGCUUUGUCUGCUUUUCUGAGUACAGUUGUUUAACCUUUCAGAUUCCAGGACUUUGUAACGGAAGAAGAUAGAAAAUGAAAUUUUGAUUUAAUCCCAACAUUAAAUUAUAUUUUUUUAAAAUUAAACUUUUUGGUCAGAAGACUAAAGUUACCAUAAUUAAUUUUAUCUAAAAAGUGAGUCUCCUCCCUUAUCCCAACCCAGUAAUUUUAAUUUCUUCUUACACUGAAGAAAGCUCUUUUAUCCUGAAUGUAGUAGUGGAAACUAUUACUAGAUCUUUGGUUAUUUCAAUGUAGAAAGGAAAAUAUGUAACCUAAAAUCAUGAGUGCCUUCUUUUAACUGUCCCUUUUGUGGAAUGUAUACAUUCAGAGAUAUUUAUUAAAACUUAUUUUUAAAAAGCCCUCUAAAUAUAAAGAUAUAAUGAGGGUGGCUUUUUUAGUAAUAUAAAAAAUAGGACUGCAAAUCCUUAAUAAUCAUAUGUUUGGGGUGUAAUUUUGGACUGGUGAUUUCACCACACUGCACAGUUGACUAAUUUUAUAUUUUGCUGGGAGAAGGCAAAAACUUUCUUCCCGUAAAGGGAACAUUCACACACCCUGAUUUGACUACCUCGGUUAUUUAUAUUCAGGCAUACAGAGCUAAACAUGUAGAAACAUCAUGACUUCAUUACAAAAACCAAAACUAUUCAAGACAACUUUAAAUGCCUUUAAAAUGGGUCUGGGAAAUUGGAGACAUUAGAACUCUGCAGACCUGGAGUGCUGCUUUGUAGCAGUGUGGUGGUUUAGUGGUUCAGGACCUUCCAUUGUUGAAGGACAUGUAAUACACAAAGGAGUGAUAAAUAAGGUCCUUGCAACAAAGACUCUUUGAGGACUAAAGAAGGAAGUAAUGGGGAGGAUGGCUCAGCAUUUUAAGUUACUCCUCUAAAGUGAGAGUUUUCAGGGGCGUCAAUAUUUUGGCUUCCCCGGGCCAGGCUGGAGGAAGAGGAGCUGUCUUGGACCACACAUAAAAGAUACUUACACCGCAGGCACGGUGGCUCAUGCCUGUACUCCCAGCACUUUGAGAGGCCGAGGUGCUGGCUGCCAGCUGCUGCGCCCCCGAUGUAGAAGGUGCACCUCCUGGGAGCUGGCCCGUCUUUUGGCUCUUCUGACCAUGGAGAGAUAGGACGGUCCCUGCAGCCCCGCGCGAGAGAAAGCUGUGCCGCCACCACCGGCCGCGCCCGUCCUUCGGAUGGAUCGCAACAGAGAGGCCGAGAUGGAGCUGAGGCGAGGCCCCAGCCCCACCAGGGCCGGCCGGGGCCACGAGGUGGAUGGGGACAAGGCUACCUGCCACACUUGCUGCAUCUGCGGCAAGAGCUUCCCCUUCCAGAGCUCGCUUUCGCAGCACAUGCGCAAGCACACGGGCGAGAAGCCCUACAAGUGUCCCUACUGCGACCACCGGGCUUCCCAGAAGGGCAACCUAAAGAUUCACAUCCGGAGCCACCGCACGGGGACUCUGAUUCAGGGACACGAGCCAGAGGCGGGUGAGGCGCCGCUGGGCGAGAUGCGCGCCUCCGAGGGCCUGGACGCCUGCGCCAGCCCCACCAAGAGUGCCUCGGCCUGCAACCGGCUGCUGAACGGGGCCUCCCAGGCCGACGGCGCCAGGGUUCUGAAUGGGGCCUCGCAGGCCGACAGCGGCAGGGUCCUGCUGCGGAGCAGCAAGAAGGGGGCGGAGGGGUCCGCAUGCGCCCCGGGGGAGGCGAAGGCCGCAGCCCAGUGCUCCUUCUGCAAGAGCCAGUUCGAGCGUAAGAAGGACCUGGAGCUGCACGUGCACCAAGCGCACAAGCCGUUCAAGUGCAGGCUGUGCAGCUACGUGACGCUGCGGGAGGAGUCGCUGCUGAGCCACAUCGAGAGGGACCACAUCACCGCGCAGGGGCCCGGCGGCGGCGAGGCCUGCGUGGAGAACGGCAAGCCCGAGCUGAGCCCCGGGGAGUUCCCGUGCGAGGUGUGCGGCCAGGCCUUCAGCCAGACCUGGUUCCUGAAGGCGCACAUGAAGAAGCACCGGGGCUCCUUCGACCACGGCUGCCACAUCUGCGGCCGUAGGUUCAAGGAGCCCUGGUUCCUCAAGAACCACAUGAAGGCGCACGGCCCCAAGACGGGCAGCAAGAACAGGCCCAAGAGUGAGCUGGACCCCAUCGCCACCAUCAACAACGUGGUCCAGGAGGAGGUGAUUGUCGCCGGCCUGAGCCUCUACGAGGUCUGCGCCAAGUGCGGGAACCUGUUUACAAACCUGGACAGCUUGAACGCCCACAACGCCAUCCACCGCAGGGUCGAGGCCAGCCGCACGCGCGCCCCGGCCGAGGAAGGGGCGGAGGGGCCCCCGGACACCAAGCAGUUCUUCCUCCAGUGCCUGAACCUGAGGCCGUCUGCGGCCGGCGACGCGUGCCCCGGCGCACAGGCCGGACGGCGGGUGGCCGAGCUGGACCCGGUCAACAGCUACCAGGCGUGGCAGCUGGCCACGCGGGGCAAGGUGGCGGAGCCGGCCGAGUACCUCAAGUAUGGGGCGUGGGACGAGGCGCUGGCCGGGGACGUGGCCUUCGACAAGGACAGGCGCGAGUACGUCCUGGUGAGCCAGGAGAAGCGCAAGCGCGAGCAGGAUGCACCGGCCGCGCAGGGGCCCCCGCGUAAGCGCGCGACUGGGCCCGGGGACCCAGCGCCCGCUGGCCACCUCGAUCCCCGCUCGGCCGCGCGCCCCAACCGCAGGGCCGCAGCCACCACCGGCCAGGGCAAGUCCUCCGAGUGCUUCGAGUGCGGCAAGAUCUUCCGCACCUAUCAUCAGAUGGUGCUGCACUCGCGCGUGCAUCGCCGCGCGCGCCGCGACAGGGACGGUGACGGGGACCGGGCGGCGCGGCCCCGCUGCGGAUCACUCAGUGAGGGUGACUCGGCUUCCCAGCCCAGCAGCCCCGGCUCCGCCUGUGCCGCUGCCGAGUCCCCAGGCUCUGGCCUGGCGGACGAGGCUGCCGAAGACAGCGGUGAGGAGGGCGCCCCCGAACCUGUACCAGGGGGACAGCCGCGCCGCUGCUGCUUUUCCGAAGAGGUGACUUCGACCGAGCUCUCCAAUGGAGACCAGAGUCACAAGCUGGGAGAUAACGCCUCGGAAAGAGACACCGGCGAGUCCAGGGCGGGGAUCGCAGCUUCUGUGUCCAUACUUGAAAACAGUAGCAGAGAGACUUCUAGAAGGCAAGAGCAGCACAGAUGUUCUACGGACUUAAAAAUGCCAGCAUUUCACCCCAAGCAGGAGGUGCCCGGCCCUGGUGAUGGUGUGGAGUUCCCUUCCAGUACGGGAGCGGAGGGCCAGACGGGUCACCCUGCAGAAAAGCUGUCCGAUUUGCACAACAAGGAGCGCUCUGGGGGAGGCAAGUGGGCGCUGGCCUCAGACCUCGUGCCGCUGGAUUUAAGUGCGAGGUCGACGCGGGAUGACCCCAGCAAUAAGGAGACAGCCUCCUCCCUGCAAGCGGCUUUAGUCGUUCACCCGUGUCCUUACUGCAGCCACAAGACCUACUACCCCGAGGUCCUGUGGAUGCACAAACGCAUCUGGCACCGCGUCAGCUGCAACUCCGUGGCUCCCCCGUGGAUUCAGCCCAACGGUUACAAAAGCAUCAGAAGCAAUUUGGUUUUCCUUUCCCGGAGCGGACGCACGGGCCCCCCGCCUGCCCUCGGUGGCAAAGAAUGCCAGCCUUUGCUCCUUGCUCGGUUCACCCGCACUCAGGUGCCAGGGGGGGUGCCAGGGCCCAAAAGUGGCUCUUCUCCCCUGGGAGUGGUCACAAAAGCCGCUAGCAUGCCUAAGAAUAAGGAGAGCCAUUCCCGAGGGCCCUGUGCUCUGUGGGUGCCCGGCCCCGACGGGUAUCGACAGACCAAACCCUGUCACGGCCAGGAGCCACAUGGCGCGGCCGCACAGGGGCCCCCGGCCAAGCCCAGGCAGGAGGCUGGCUCCAAACCAGCGCCUGCCCCGGGUGGCGGGGCCUUCAGCAGGAGCGCCACCCCCACGCCUACCGUCAUCACCCGGGCUGGUGCGCAGCCCUCAGCUAACAGCAAGCCCGUGGAGAAGUUUGGGGUCCCCCCAGCGGGGGCUGGCUUUGCCCCCACAAGUAAGCACAGUGCCCCGGACUCCCUGAAAGCCAAAUUCAGCCCUCAGCCUCAGGGUCCACCUCCUGCCAAGGGCGAAGGGGGCGCUCCUCCUCUACCUCCCCGCGAGCCCCCUUCGAAGGCGGCCCAGGAGCUGAGGACUCUGGCCACCUGUGCUGCGGGGUCCAGGGGCGACGCGGCCUUGCAGGCCCAGCCCGGCGUGGCUGGGGCGCCCCCCAUCCUACACUCCAUCAAACAGGAGCCGGUGGCCGAGGGGCAUGAGAAGCGCCUGGACAUCCUCAACAUCUUUAAGACGUACAUUCCAAAGGACUUUGCGACCCUCUACCAGGGCUGGGGUGUCAGCGGCCCUGGGCUGGAGCACAGAGGGGCGCUCCGGACGCAGGCCCGGCCAGGAGAGUUCGUCUGCAUCGAGUGCGGAAAGAGCUUCCACCAGCCUGGCCACCUCAGGGCCCACAUGCGGGCACACUCAGUGGUGUUUGAGUCCGAUGCACCCCGGGGUUCUGAAGUUCACACCACCUCCGCAGACGCCCCCAAACAAGGGAGAGACCAUUCUAACACAGGUACCGUCCAGACAGUGCCUCUCAGAAAGAGAACCUAAAGGCGUGUUUCCGACGCACCCCAGGUCCCCGUAACGGCCAUUAGUAGUACCCUCACGACGUCCCAGCAGCCUCCCACCUGUGACCUGGCCAUUCCACGGAAGAACAGCCGGAGAACUCCUGAGCAGACACCUCACAUCCCGAGCCGCUGCGCUGGAGUGGAACCUGAAGGCAGAUGCCUCUCCUUGUUAAACGUUCAGAAAUAAAUGAAGAUGCUAUACUCUAGAAAUACAUGUAGAUACUAUAUACACAUUUACGUGCUCAUCGCCCAUAGUCCCAUAUUUUCUUAUAAUAAACAGUAGUACGGGCAGGCACAGUAGGGGCACAAGGCAUCUGUCUUACUCAAGACAAGUUUGAGACACUGGAAAAAAAGAUACUUGUUAUGUGUGUUGGACAGAGUGGCGAGGCUGAGCACUGUCACAGGGGCCUCCCAUGCUAAGAGGGACUGUGGAGAUGAUGUCAGAACAAGCCGUGGUGGAUUUGAGGUUAAUCGAGUAUUAAUACUACUGCCUCUCCUUGUCUUAGUGGGUAUUUAAAAUAGUAAAUGAGAGAGGGGAAGGAGGGGACGUUCAGGUGCUGUGGGAAGCAGGCUUGGUGGAGGGGGCGUGAUGAUGGGACCCUCAUGCUGGUACCGUCGCACUCUCCCUGGGGGCCGCGUGCCUGUUGCAUUCUUUCCACCGUUCGAAACUGAGCGAAUCCGGCAAAGGAGACACGUCUGUGGGAAUGCGUAGAUUCUGCCUCGGAAGAGAGCUAGUGGAACACUAAGAAAAGCAGGCUUCUUGUUUAUUCUCAGGACCUUUUUGUAACAGGGCUACAUUCUGCAAACUGCUUACAAAGGAAGACGAUACGUCUUAACAAAUUAUUUAGCCACUGAGUCCUCCCGAUUCGGACCUGUUUUAGUAAUGGCAGAAGAAUCCCUGAGCAGGUUCAGGGGCCCUAGAUAACUAGGGUGCUGACCUCUGGCACCUUCUGUCCCCACUCUUUGCCUCCCCGCCCCUUCCCUGAGCCACCCCAGCAAGUGGGUGUGUUUUCUCCCUGGGCCUGGUGACCUCCACAGGAUGAGUAACUUCGUUCCUAAAGGGUGGGGAUCACCAGCCCCUUGGGUGGGGGCCGGCUUUAUAUACCUCUUCCUCAGUAAUGCAAAUGCGAGUUUUUGUGGUGGGGGUUAAGGCCCAUAACAAAGGAUCUUAAACCACGCAGUGUACGCAGUUGAAAUUGUAUUCCACAGAUAUAAAUAUUUUCUUUUCCCAUUGCCGUGACACUAUGUGUGAUGGUAAUAUUUCUGAGGGUUUCAGAUUUUUGCACAUAUGAUUUGAUGCAUUAUCAAAAGUUACUGCUGCCUUGAAUGAAAAUGUUCUGUGAAAUUUUUUGCAAAAGCUUUACUAGGUUUUUUUUUUAAUUGUGAAAUUUUGUAAAGGCAGGAAAUGGAUUAAAACGAGCAUGCUAAAUAUAUUUUUCAAAAAAGCAAUAAUUUUACAUGUACAGAAAUUAUCCUAACCUUUAAUACUGGUGAGAGCAACAGUUUACUUAAUACAGUAAUGGAUUAGUGCAGUUUUUGUAGACAGUGGGCUUCUGAUACAAAGUCUUGUUUAAACACACACACACACACACACACACACACACCCUAAAGUGUGGGUUUCCUGUUCUAAUUUGUUGAAUAUUAUUAUUAUUAUAAUAUUAUUAUUAUUAUUGUUAUUGUUAUUAGUUAAUGUUUGGUUCUGGAUUCUACUUGUUACUGAGUUUAAAUUACUUGACGGUUCAGGUUACUUUGCAACACUUUCAAACAAUGCAAUGUAACUGGCUAGCAUAUAUAUAUAUAUAUAUAUUUUUUUUUUUUUUUACUUAUUUUUUUCUGAUACUCUUACAGCAGAUAUGUACGAAAAUGAUCUGUCCUGUUGGUGUGAUUAGGAAUGUCCAUGCAGAUACAAUUAAGCAACUGUAAUUGGCUGUUCUGUAAAGUUACUUUGAGCGGAGUUGCAGAGACACAUUCCUCUGUCCACCUAAAAAAUCAGAAGACUCUUGUGUUGAUUUAUGUUUAAUCAUUUCAGUAGUUUCCCCACAGUGAUCAUUCUGCAUUUUCUGGCUUUUGUUUUCUUGGCCGAAAGUGAACGGCGACUGUUAGGAAUGUCAGGGCCUAGUGACCCAGUCCUGUUUCUCUGUGUUUUAGUUAUUAAAAAGAAAUUCUAUACCCAAAGUGACACAAAAGUGUAGUCUACAUUUUUACUGUUUCAGAAGCUGCAUGGAAAAGUGCAGUUGGCCUUUGGAGCUGGAAGUGUCUUGCUGGCGAGUCUCCAUCCUGGAGAGUCUGGUGGGGAGGGGGCUGGUGCUGGGGCCCCCCCCGGCCGCAUGCUGGAUCCUUCCUGGCUUGCAGGAGAGCAGGCGUGGAGGACAGUCAGCUUGCGGGGCCGCGCGGGGUGCAGAGUGCAGGAGGAAGGUUUUCACCCAGCUAAGCAGACUGGGGGGACACCCCCAAGAAUGCCGUCCCCUGAGGCCAGCUGUGGGCAGGCCGGGGUGUGUGGUCCCUUCCUUCACCAAUCAUCAGUAUUGUAUUGGUUUGUUAAUUUGUUGAUGUCAGUUCGGUCAUAGUAUUUAAUAUGAUUUGUGUUUUCUUAUUUAUUUAGCCACUGUUUGAUUCCCUUUUUUUUCCGAAUGGUAAUUUCUGCAUGAUACACUUCUGUACGUUGUCUUCUGACUGUUACAGACUUUCUACUACCUCUCCCGAUCUGCUGUUUCCUUGUUUCUUAACAGGAUUUUUUUACAGUGUUGCGUCUAAUGUAACUUAGACAAUAAAGGGUUUGGUUGUCUACACUGCAGCUUCUCCGUGUCUCUCCCCUGCUUUCCGCUCGCUGCUUCCCGCUCUGCCCCUGCUGGGGCCUGGCUCCACCCUGGCCUGCCUUCCCACACUCUUCCUGUUUCCUGCUCAUAUCUCUUCCUCGUUUUUGCAUUCAAAUAACACACAGCUAAUGAGCUUCUAAAAAUCUUUCAGGUUGUUCACUUGUUUUCCUUAAUUUGAAGAAUGAAUAUUUAAAUUCUCUCAAAGGUCAGAUAUUGAGGAUCUUCUCUGGGAAAUCAGCCACUGUACCUGCCUGCCUUUCUGCCUGGUUCCUGGAAGGUCUUAAUUGUCAUCUUAGACGGACAGAUUCCAUUCUCAGCACCAUACAGAUUUGGCUUCAAAGCCCGGUGAAUUUGGCCUUUGAGGCUGUGAAAAGUAUUAAAUGUUGUAAGAGGUUCCCCAAUAUUUACUUAUUUAUUUUUUAAACCAAGAAAGACACUGGUUUCCUGAAAAGCAGGUGCUUCAGGAAGUAGCAGUUGGGAGUUGUAUACAAUUACUUCGUCCGAGAAAGGAGCGCCUAGUAUGACAGGCCACCGCCCCUGAUCUGGCCACUGUGCACAGGUCGCUGAGGGCACGAGAACAUCUCUGCAGGGGCUCCGGGACAUGUGGGUUUCAUCAUUUCACACGCCUUCAGGGCGCAGGGUUGAGUGUGGAAAGGGCAAGCUUCAUCUCCAUGGUGCCUCUCCAGAGUGGCAACUCUGGUCGGCCUCUGUUCUUUGGACAGAGAGAUAGGGUGUAGCUUAGGGGGUCAGUAGUGAUGCCUUCUGGAUCAAAGAAAGUGGGUGCAGUCUGCUGUCUGCUGUGUGGAAGAGGGCACCUCCUGGGCUGUCGUGGCCAGAGACUGUCUACCAACAUUCCUUCCUUCAAACUAGACAAACCCUCCUCCGCCACCCCCAGCAAAUUCUCAGAGGUUUCCAAGCUGUAGAAAAGGGAGGGAAGGAAGGACGGCAUUCAUACAGCUUUACUUUCCACUUCAGAACGUCUUAAGUAGCAUAUGUUGUUUUACUGCUUUUAACUUUGGUGAGUUCUAAUUUCAGAACGUUUUGUUCACUGAGCAAAAAAAGAUGAAACCACCACAGGCCAGGACUUCAAGUGAGGAGGACGCCUUUGUUUGCCGUGGUUGGUGGGAGCACGGUCUGGAGCCUGGUAACAUGCCUGUGGGAAGUGACCCAGGGGCCACCCGCCCAGGGGAAAAUAUUCAUUCUUCAUCAGCUUUGCUAAUUCUACUUUGAGGCAGUAAAAUGCAAAAGACCAUAGAAUUUGUAUUUCCUUUUUUAAAAUACAAUUUAUAACAUUAUAUUUUGUACUCUUUAUAUUAGAAUUUGUAACUAGAUUGAUGUAUUUAACUCUAUUUCUGAAAAAGUAAUUCAAUGUUUUAGUUGUGUGAUAAAAAUAUUUAGAUAAAACAUAUUCAUUCUAUUGGAAUUUGAAAUAAAUAAAAACAUCUUGGAGUUCUGAGAUUUGUAA